AUGGUGAAGAAAUGCAACGGCUAUCAGCGCUUCGCCAAGAAAAGGCAUUCGCCGGCUUCCGCCUUGAAAACCAUCCCCAUCACUUGGCCAUUCGCCGUAUGGGGCUUGGAUAUGGUGGGCCCGUUCAGAACCGCCCGAGGCGGCAUGACGCACCUCCUGGUAAUGAUCGACAAAUUCACCAAAUGGAUCGAGGCCAAGCCAAUCAAGAAGCUGGACGGCUCCACAGCCGUCACUUUCCUCAAAGAGAUCACUGUGAGAUACGGCUACCCCCAUAGCAUCAUCACCGACAACGGCAGCAACUUCGCCCAAGGCAUCUUCUCUCGCUAUUGCGAGGAAAUGGGGAUCCAGAUGGACUUAGCAUCCGUGGCGCACCCGGAGUCCAACGGACAAGUGGAGAGAGCAAACGGCUUGAUCCUAGGCGGCAUCCGGCCCCGGUUGGUGGAGCCGCUCGAGCGAGCAGCCGGCUGCUGGAUUGAGGAGCUGCCCUCCGUACUCUGGAGCCUGCGCACCACGCCCAACCGCUCCAUCGGCUUCACGCCUUUCUUCCUCGUCUACGGGGCCGAAGCCGUCCUGCCAACUGAUAUCGAGCACGACGCGCCAAGAAUCAAGCUGUACACGGAAGCCGAAGCCAGAGAAGCUCGCGAAGACGGAGUCGACUUGGUCGAAGAGGCCCGGCUGCUGGCCGUGUCCAGAUCCACCAUAUAUCAGCAAAGCCUCCGACGCUAUCACAGCCGGAAGAUCAAGCCCUUAGCAUUCCGAGAGGGAGACCUAGUGCUCCGGCUGAUCCAACGGAUAGCCGGACAGCGUAAACUUGCAUCCCCAUGGGAAGAAAAAGCAAGCGCCAAGGGCGUCGAUUUCAACAAGUUUUUCGCGUACUCUAUUGCUCUCACCGAUUGGCUUGCACCCUCUCACGCGGCCGGCUUAGUACCGUGA